UUUGUGAACGGGAAGGAAAUGAAGAGCAAAGUGGACACGACCGUGAACUUCACGCACCAGCACUUCACCUCCCAGCUAGAGGUCACCAUCUGGGCGCCCAGACUCCCCCUGCAGAUUGAGAUUUCAGACACAGAGCUGAGCCAGAUCAAGGGCUGGAGGAUCCCCGUGGCCUCCAACAGAAGGCCCACCCGAGAGAGUGAGGACGAGGAGGACGAGGAGAAGAAGGGCAGGGGCUGCUCCCUGCAGUAUCAGCACGCCACGGUGCGCGUCCUCACCCAGUUCGUGGCCGAGGCGCCCGACUUGGGUCAGCUGAGCUACAUGCUGGGCCCCGACUGGCAGUUCGACAUCACCGACCUCGUGGCCGAUUUCAUGACGGUGGAGGAGCCGAGGAUCGCGCAGCUCCAGGGCGGCAGGACCCUGGUGGGCCGGGAGCCGGGGAUAACCACCGUGCAGGUGCUCUCACCUCUGUCCGACUCCAUCCUGGCUGAGAAGACAGUGAUCGUGUUGGACGACCGCGUCACCAUCGCCGACCUGGGCGUGCAGCUGGUGGCCGGCUUGUCUCUUGCCCUGCAGCCUCACAGAGCGGACAGGAGGGCUAUUGUCUCCACGGUGUCUGCCCAGGACGUCCUCCAGGCCCCGCAGCAGGAAGCAAUAGUCAGUUCUUGGAUUUUGUUCAGUGAUGGUUCGGUGACACCCUUAGACAUUUAUGAUUCCAAGGAUUUUUCAGUUACUGUGUCAUCAUUGGAUGAAAUGGUGGUGUCUGUCCAAGCAAACCUUCAGUCCAGAUGGCCGGUUGUGGUCGCACAGGGUGAAGGGCAAGGGCCCUUGAUUAAAUUAGAAAUGAUGAUUAGUGAGCCCUGUCAGAAGACCAAGAGGAAGAGUGUUCUUGCCGUGGGUAAAGGGAAUGUCAAGGUCAGAUUUGAACCAAAUAUUUAUGAGCACCAAGGAGGCACCAACAAUAUUGAGGGCAUCAGUCGGGAAUACAAGGACCACCUCAGUAAUUCCAUAGAGCGUGAAGGAAACCGGGAGAGAGCAGGUCAGGAGUGGUUCCAACAUGGCGCCUCGGUUGGCCAAGAGGAACGUAGCAACAAAAGCACAACCCCACAGUCUCCCCAGGAAGGAAAGGAUAAGAAGUCACUCAAGAGUGGCGGUCCAGACGCGUUCACAAGCUUCCCCACUCAAGGGAAGUUACCGGAACCCAAUAAUCCCAGUGACCUGACAGUGACCUCCAGGGGGUUAAGUGACUUGGAGAUCGGCAUGUACGCUCUGCUCUGUGUCUUCUGCCUGGCCAUUUUGGUCUUCUUGAUCAACUGUGUGGCCUUUGCUUGGAAAUACAGACACAAAAGAUUUGCCGUGAGCGAGCAAGGCAACAUCCCCCAUUCCCAUGACUGGGUCUGGCUUGGGAAUGAAGUAGAACUUCUGGAGAACCCCGUGGACAUCACCCUCCCGUCGGAGGAGUGCACGACCAUGAUAGACAGGGGACUGCAGUUUGAGGAGAGGAACUUCCUUCUCAAUGGCGGUUCCCAGAAGACUUUCCAUAGUCAACUGCUCAGACCCUCUGACUAUGUCUAUGAGAAAGACCUUAAAAGUGAGCCUAUAAAUCCAUCGGGCCCAAAGCGGAAGCGAGUCAAGUUUACUUCCUACACCACCAUCCUCCCGGAGGACGGCGGCCCAUACACCAACUCCAUCCUGUUUGACAGUGAGGACAACAUCAAGUGGGUCUGUCAGGACACGGGGCUGGGGGGUCCCCGGGACCUUAGAGACUAUAUGGAAAGCCUGCAAGACCACAUGUGAACUCCUUUCUUACGUUUGUAUUCACCUUUAUGCCUUCUGUUUUUUGAACGGUGGAGCAGUGAGUCUGUUCAGCAAUAGGGGAUGAUUUAACAAAGCUUCAUUUGGGGCGGUCUGGGGCGGGGAAUCCCUUUCUGAGCAGGUGUCAGAGGCCUGGAGAGCUAUAGCAGCUGGGUUAUAAGCCGGGAAGUGUCUCGAAAGCAGCCACCUGUAGAUCCUGGAGAAAUUCUAAGACGACAGUUCUAUCUGCUAUACCUGGUACUAGCUCAGUUCAAACAUACUAAACCUGACCCCACAGACAUUGUUAGUCAUCUCGCAACAAACGGCCACAUGGAAUUAGAAAAGGCUCGGGUGUUGAUUUUUCUAUUCCUAGAACUUUUAAAGCACAGUGGACAUUCCUUGCCCUUGGCCUGAGAUUGGAUGUACGUGAAAGAUGCUGAAUGUAGCCGCCCUUAUUUGUUACGAGGCUGCUCAUUAUUUUUAUACACAUUUGCACCUGCACCUGGUUCCUUUGGCCUCUGGAAUUCUUUUUGAAACAUGAAGAAGAGCAAUCGCGGUCUCCUCUCUCUGAGAUGUUUGAUUUUCACAUGAGUUUUAGUCGCUGACGUUCGCCACAUCCGUGCCGGACGGCAGGUGCUCUCCGUUGCCCACGUUCCUUACCUAAGGGGCAAUGUCUGAGAAGCUUAUCCUCACGCUGUCCUCUCUUCUCUUUGUUGUGGAACUUCCUUGUAUCAGACUGGGACAUGGGAUUUUACAUAAAAUAUUAAGAUACUGCAAGGGAGGGCCAUCUUUACAGUUUUCUAUACAGCGCUUACAGACUUUGGUGACCACUUGUCAACCACAUUUGUUUUUAUCUUCUGCUUGUGGAACAUUCAUGGGGGACUCCUGGAGUGUAUUUCUGAGGGCAGAAAGACCCUGAGAGAGUCGUAUUUAUACUGGUGCUUUCCGGUCAACACAAUUUGUUAUCCAAGCUGAAAUCAAAAUUUUAAAUUACUAUUACACAGAAAGGAAAUUGCGUAGGAGAUAUGUUCAGGUGGUACUUCCAUUUUACCAGAGCAAAAAGAA